UGUUUGUAAUUUCGUGGUUACUUCAAAAUGGUUGACGAAUCUGCUAUAGAUAACGAAUUAUUAAUUAAUUUAGUAGAACAAAAGCCCGUUUUGUGGGAUAAAACUACCGGACUUUAUAAAAAUCGUGUUGCAACGCAAGCGGCUUGGAACGAAAUUAUGAUUGCAUUGGAUCCAACUUUCGAGAGUAAGGGAGAAAAAACUAGACACGUUUUCGCUAAACAAAUUAUUCAGCGGUGGACUUGCAUAAGAGAUAGUUAUUGUCGAUCAUAUAAAAAGAUACAAGAUCAGAAGAAGUCAGGAAUUGCCAAAAUAACGAAGCCUUAUGUAUACCAUAAACAGUUAUCCUUCCUGCAGAAAGUAAUACAACCGAAUCAGACAAUAACCAGUGUUUUUAUCGAAAAUAACAUAGAAUCAGAAAACCAGAAUAAUUCUGAUGAAAGCGAAACAUCGGACACGAAUUCUAACGAGGCAGAAGAUAUCAAACCAACGUUUUCGUCCACUGCAGUACCUGAACGUGUAGCUAAAAGACACGUGAAUGAUGUCAAUCCUGUAGAUGCUAAGAUGAUGAAAAUAGAUUGUUAUUCAAAUAAUGAACCUAGAACAAUGAAUCGGCAUCUUUAUUUUUUUAAUGCGAUUUUACCAGCAUUAGAUAAGCUUGGUGAAGACCAAGUACUUGAAUUUCAAAUGGGUGUAUUGCAAUUGUUGAAAAAUAUUAAAAACUGUCGCCAAAAUCGUGAGUCCUAGUCUGUCAUCAAUUCACAGAGGAUAGGAUACUAACAACAAUAAUACUGUACAAAGUAAAUACUUCCAAUACAAAUUUUAAUACAUCAUCAGCUCUUCUUGAAAAUCCUGCCUCUGUUGAAUAGUCUUAUUCCAAAUAAGAUAAAUGUACUAGUGCUCCACAUGCUAAUGCCCCAAUAGAUGACACCUUGCUGUCACCUCUAUUGACAAUGACUUAAGUUUCAACAUGACAUGUACUGGGGCCGCGUCGAGCACCAGUAA